CUCAUAGAGCCCGGACGAGAGGGAUAGGCUACGGGAAAUCAUCUGGGGAUCCCGGUGUCAUUUGGAGACAGAGACGAUUAUAGGACGCCAAGACAACCGGUGUCAGCCGGGAAGGACGAUAUCUGAAGGACUGAAGAAUUUGUGCAUAAGACCUGACUGAGGAAUCUAGCAGGUUAUGAAGAGAAGGCUCUAUUACUAAUACAAAGAACGGAAAACAUUGAGCUAGGAGCGGGGAUUAAUAACUAAAUAUCUACCACAUGUAACGUUAACCUGGGAAAAUGCAGAAGUCCAGAUAAUUAGACGAGAGGUGAUAUCAAUAAGCAUGUAGUUGUUCUAGUAGUAAAGUUGUAGAGCAACUCCAGUCAAUGUAAACAAACAGCUAUUCAAGCUAGCCCAAGUUAGCCGAUUGGCGGUUAGCUUCGUGCUAGUAACAUAUAGCUAACGUGAGGUGCUAGAAUCCAGACACAACGAAGGUAAACCCAAUUGAACAAGACUGCCGUCUGGUUUAAAACCUUGUUUAACCACAACAUAGUCGUCUGCAGUGGAUGACAGCUGUCGAACCGUUUGUGUUAAAUCACUAUGAAGUUAUUAGCAUAAUUAGCCUUUCAUCAAACGUCAAGCUAACUGAUAUUGCGUUAGCAGAGCAGCUUAAUAACAUUAACCAUCGAAAGCUAAAUGUAGAACAAAGAGGACAUUUUGACAUUACAACUUGUAGUUUGACAUAGACCCGUUUAAAAUAUUAGGUUGAGAGAGAGAGAACACUUCCAGGGUUAGUGUAAUGCUCCAAUAGAUCAUCCACAUAUUCACAGUAGUCCAGCUGAUUGGCUGAAAGAGUAGGACGUCUGGAUGAGGGAGAACAACUUCAUGACUAAAUAUUCAAUCAUAUCGCCUCCUUUCCUGCGUCGUUGUAAGACUAUAUGGUGUAUUUGAGUUAUUUUGUGUAUAGUGAGUGCACAUCUCUUGGUUCAGUUUAACAGUAACAGUACUCAGCUGGCAAGUUUGGUUCGUUUGCUCUCUCUUAACAGCAGCAGUAGGCAACAGUGCGGUCAAAUGAAGUGAAGAGAGAAGACCUUCAAUUGAACGUAACGGGCUCUAAAAGGAGCCACAACUCAGCCAGGAAGCAUGGAGCGGAUUGUUAGAGCGAUCUAAAUAAUCAACAGUUUCAUUUGAAAAGAUAAGAAAACAUCUUUUAACACGAGAGAAGGGGUGUACAGACAAUUUGUAAUAUCAGUUAGUUUAGUUGUGUGUUCGGAGGAGAGCGUCGCCUUGUCAGAGUUAGUAUUAUGUAGUUGUGUUUGAGGGCCCAGCGGUAAGCCUCUCAGCUGUGUUUUGGUUGCUAGUGGCCUCCCCUCCCCCAGUCUUCAGACUCUUGAUUCUCCCCGAGUGUUGGACACUGUUCGCCGGGUUUCGCCUUGGUUUUUUUUGUUUGUUUUUUUUGGGGCUUUUUUUUAGAUUGAAGAGAGGCCGUGGUCUCAGGUCUCAGUCCUGUGGACGCCGAGGCAAUUAAAAAGUGGAUGUAAUGGAACUGAUGUUCGCCGAGUGGGAGGAUGGGGAGAGGUUCUCCUUCGAAGACUCGGACCGGUUCGAGGAAGACUCUCUGUGCUCCUUCAUCUCAGAGGCCGAGAGCCUGUGUCAGAACUGGAGGGGAUGGAGGAAGCAGUCUGCUGGACCCAACUCACCUACUGUCAAGAUUAAAGAUGGUCAGGUCAUACCACUGGUGGAGUUGUCAGCCAAGCAGGUAGCAUUCCACAUCCCUUUUGAGGUGGUGGAGAAGGUCUACCCCCCUGUUCCAGAACAACUGCAGCUCCGCAUCGCCUACUGGAGCUUCCCUGAAAACGAGGAGGACAUCAGGUUGUAUUCCUGCCUGGCUAAUGGGAGUCCAGAUGAAUUCCAGCGUGGAGAGCAGCUGUAUCGGAUCAGAGCAGUCAAAGAUCCUCUGCAGAUUGGUUUCCAUCUCAGUGCUACAGUUGUGUCCAGUCAGUCUGGUCAGUCUAAAGGAGCCUACAAUGUGGCGGUCAUGUUUGAUCGCUGCCGCAUAACUUCCUGCAGCUGCACCUGCGGCGCUGGAGCCAAAUGGUGUGCACAUGUGGUGGCACUGUGCCUCUUCAGGAUCCACAAUGCAUCAGCAGUGUGUCUGCGUGCUCCAGUCUCUGAGUCUUUAUCCAGGUUGCAGAGGGACCAGCUCCAAAAGUUCGCUCAGUACCUCAUUAGUGAACUGCCUCAGCAGAUUCUACCCACAGCUCAGCGGCUGCUUGAUGAGCUGCUGUCCUCUCAGUCUACUGCCAUCAACACUGUGUGUGGAGCUCCAGACCCCACUGCUGGCCCUUCAGCCUCUGACCAGAGCACCUGGUAUUUGGAUGAGUCAACCCUCAGCGAUAACAUCAAAAAGACAUUGCACAAGUUCUGUGGGCCUUCACCUGUCGUCUUCAGUGAUGUAAACUCCAUGUACCUAUCGUCCACGGAGCCGCCAGCUGCUGCAGAGUGGGCGUGUCUGCUGCGACCUUUGAGAGGCCGGGAGCCAGAGGGAAUCUGGAACCUUCUGUCCAUCGUCAGGGAGAUGUUCAAGAGACGAGACAGCAACGCUGCCCCGCUGCUGGAGAUCCUCACUGAGCAGUGCCUCACUUAUGAACAGAUCAUCAGCUGGUGGUACAGCGUUCGGACGUCAGCAUCCCACAGCAGUGCCAGUGGCCACACCGGGCGGGGCAAUGGCCAAUCAGAGGUGGCAGCACACGCCUGUGCCAGUAUGUGUGAUGAGAUGGUAGUGCUGUGGAGGCUGGCAGUGCUGGACCCCAGUAUGAGCCCCUGCAGGCGUCUGGAACUGGCAGGCCAGCUGAAACAGUGGCACCUUAAAGUUAUAGAGAUAGUGAAGCGGGGACAACACCGCAAGUCUCUGGACAAGCUCUUCCAGGGCUUCAAGCCUGCUGUGGAGUCCUGCUAUUUCAACUGGGAGGUGGCAUACCCACUGGAAGGCAUCACCUACUGCAGUGCUGAUAAGAAGAGUGCCACUUUCUGCUGGUCCAGGGCAGUGCAGAACCAGAGAGGAAUGAAAGCUGCUGCAGCAGGUGGAGGAGAGCCUUCUGAAGGAGGGGGGGGCUGCAGAGUUGAAGGUGGAGCUGCUGGAGAUUUUAAAGGAAGAGGAAGUGGUCACUCACCCCAGCAGGAGAUGGCAGUGCGACCUAAAGAGACCAUUUUGAGCAAGAGGAAGGGUUUGUCAGUGACUGGAGGGGGAGGGAUGCUUGUCCGUCUGGGAGGGAGUGUCUCUUUGGCUCUAGAAGACGGAGGAGGGAAAUGCAUGUACAAAGGACCAGGCUCCUCUUCUGGAGGGAAGCUGAAAGUUACACAGGGAAGUGGCAAGGGUGCGUCUGUUGGAGGUCCUGGUGGAAGUGGAGGGUUAGGAGGGGGUAAGCAUGCUAGCACCAAGCGGAGAACCAGCAGUGAGGACAGCUCUCUGGAGCCGGACCUGGCUGAGCUCAGCCUGGACGACGGGUGCAGUUUGGCUUUGGGAGCUGAGGCCAGCAACACUUUUGAGUUUCUCCCUCCACCACCCGAGAUGCUGCCCUCCCCAAGUCCACUGCUCCGUGACUCCCGCAAGUACAGCGGCAGCAGCGGAGGGAGUAAGAUGUUUGACAGCAAACGUGUCAGCCAUGCCUCGCCUGCACUUCCUGCUGCAGAGCCUGCUCCACCCUCCUUCCCUUCCAAAGAGGCAGUGGUGGUUGUUACAGAUGGGCCCAGUGCUGCAGAGAAGGAGGCAGAGCUGGAGGUGGUGCCUGUCCAGAACAAAGAUGAAGAUGUAGACUCAGCUGGCAGUAACCAGCCUUCCACCUCCAACGCUGUGGCCAGAUCAGGUAACAGUCCCGCCUCUACCAAGCCACCGCGGGUCCGCAAGGAGGUGCCGUCUACUGGGGGUGGGCCAGCACCUGCAGGUGCAGCAGCUAACCAAGGAGUAGAGGCAGCAGGUGGAGCUGCAGGAGGAGAAGCUGUGGGUGAGGAUGACUAUCAGGCCUACUACCUGAGUGCUGCCUCAGAGGACGGAGCAGACAGACAACUGGCUGACAACCACCAGGAGGAGGAACCAGACAUCUUUGCAGGGAUCAAACCGCUGGAGCAGGAGGGACGCAUGGAGGUGCUGUUUGCGUGUGCUGAGGCCCUCCAUGCUCAUGGCUACAGUAAUGAGGCGUGCCGGCUGGCUGUGGAGCUGGCUAGAGACCUGUUAGCCAACCCUCCAGACCUGAAAGUGGAGCAACCACAGACCAAGGGUAAGAAGAGUAAAGUGUCAACCAGCCGUCAGACGCAGGUAGCCACUAAUACGCUGUCAAAAGCCGCCUUCCUCCUCACUGUGCUCAGUGAAAGACUGGAGCUCCACAACCUGGCUUUCAGCACCGGCAUGUUCUCCCUGGAACUCCAGAGACCACCGGCAUCCACCAAAGCUCUGGAGGUGAAACUGGCCUACCAGGAGUCAGAGGUGGUGGCUCUGCUGAAGAAGAUUCCUCUGGGCCUGGUGGAGAUGUCGGCAAUCAGAGAGAGAGCUGAGCAACUCAGGGAUGGAAACUUCUGUGAUUACAGACCUGUGCUGCCUCUCAUGUUGGCCAGCUUUAUCUUUGAUGUGCUGUGCACCCCAGUUUGUGCAGUUGUCUCUCCAACGGGCUCCCGUCCACCCAGCCGCAACCGCAACAACGAGAUGCCCGGAGAUGAGGAGCUGGGCUUUGAAGCUGCUGUCGCUGCACUUGGUAUGAAGACAACAGUAAGUGAGGCAGAGCAUCCUCUGCUGUGUGAAGGAACCAGAAGGGUGAAAGGAGACCUGGCUCUGGCUCUCAUGAUCACUUAUAAAGAUGACCAAAGCAAGCUCAAGAAGAUUCUGGAUAAGUUGUUGGACAGGGAGAGUCAGACCCACAAGCCUCAGACUCUCAGCUCCUUCUACUCCAGCAAGCCAGCAGCUGGCAGCCAGCGCAGCCCGUCCAAACACAUCACUGCUGCCCACACAGGAGGGGUCUCCAAACACGCCCCCUCAUCUUCCUCUGCAGCCACUGUGGCAGCCUCUUCCUCCAGCUCUUCCUCUGCUGUGACAAUGGCUGGUGAAGAGGUGGCACACCAGUCUGAACUGAACCCAGUGCAGAACAGCACAGCAGGGGAGAGCACUGCUGAGACCAGGGAGCACGUAUCAGAGGCCCCUGCUUCAUCAAAUGACCAGCAGAACGAAUCAGCUCCAUUUAAGCUGGAGGCCACAGUGCCCAGCCGGCUGGCACUGGGAGCACGCUGUGGAUACAACCAGCGCUGCUGGGGUUCACCUGUUCGACAGAAGAAGAAACAUACAGGCAUGGCGAGCAUCGACAGCAGUGCUCCAGAGACCACCUCAGACAGUUCCCCCACACUCAGUCGACGGCCGCUCCGAGGGGGCUGGGCAGCAGCAUCCUGGGGACGGGGCCAGGACAGUGACAGCAUUAGCAGUUCAUCGUCUGAUUCUCUGGGCUCCUCCUCCUCUAGUGGUUCUCGCAGGGCAGGGGGCGGGGCCAGGGCCAAGAGCACCGACACCAGCAGGUACAAAGGCCGUCGUCCAGAGUGCCAUGCCCCACACGUGCCCAACCAGCCAUCGGAGGCAGCAGCUCAUUUUUACUUUGAAUUGGCCAAGACGGUGCUGAUCAAAGCCGGAGGAAACUCCUCCACCUCCAUUUUCACCCAGCCCUCAGCCAGCGGGGGCCACCAGGGGCCCCACAGAAAUCUGCACCUGUGUGCCUUUGAGAUCGGCCUGUAUGCUCUCGGCCUCCACAACUUUGUCUCACCCAACUGGCUGUCCAGAACCUACUCCUCUCAUGUAUCCUGGAUCACUGGCCAGGCUAUGGAGAUUGGCAGUGCUGCCCUUAACAUUUUGGUGGAGUGUUGGGACGGUCACCUCACACCUCCUGAGGUGGCAUCUCUGGCAGACAGAGCAUCGCGGGCCAGGGACCCCAACAUGGUUCGGGCAGCAGCAGAGCUGGCCCUGAGCUGCCUGCCUCAUGCUCACGCUCUGAAUCCUAAUGAAAUCCAGAGAGCCCUGGUGCAGUGCAAAGAACAGGACAAUGUGAUGCUGGAGAAGGCCUGCAUGGCUGUGGAGGAAGCAGCCAAGGGUGGAGGUGUGUAUCCUGAGGUUCUGUUUGAGGUUGCUCACCAGUGGUACUGGCUGUAUGAGCAGUCAGUGGGCGGGGGCUCGGGCCAGCAGCGGGAGACCUCUGGACGUUGUGGGGCAAACGGAGGUUCAGGAAGAAGGCCCCCAGAGUCCAGCUGUGUCAUCCUUGACAGCGGAGCCAACAUGGAGUCAGCGGGCGUGGCAACAGUCACAGCCUCAGUCACAGCAGCAGCUGUCGUACCCGUCAUCUCUGUGGGUUCCACCAUCUAUCAGUCCCACGCCAUACCCGGCCAGGCUAUUGCUCACCCCCACACCCAGGGCCUCCACCCCUACACCACCAUCCAGGCCCAUCUCCCCACCGUCUGCACCCCGCAGUACCUGGGACACCCUCUGCAGCACGUCCCCCGACCCACCGUCUUCCCUGUGUCUGGAGCUGCAUACCCACAGGGAAUGCACCCAGCCUUCAUCGGUGCCCAGUACCCGUUCUCAGUGGCCACUGGACCCCAGCCGCCCAUGGCAGCCACUGCUGUGACCUUCCCUGGCGUUCCUGUUCCGUCCAUGACUCAGAUUGCCGUCCAUCCCUACCACACGGAGACUGGCCUGCCGCUCAGCACCACUGUAGCAGGUCAGGACUACAGGCUGUGUUUGUUAGGCAGCGUCCACUCUGGACCCACCAUCCAGGCUAUACAGGGAGCCUCUAUGCCCUCCCUCUCCUCCCAGCCCGGCUCACUAGUCAGCUCUCCUUUCCCAGUGGAGGACGAGCAGCACAGCCAGCCAAUCAGCCAACAGGGCCUGCACUACCUGCAUUCUGCCUACAGAGUUGGCAUGCUGGCCUUAGAGAUGCUGGGAAGAAGAGCUCACAAUGAUCACCCCAACAACUUCUCCAGAAGCCCACCCUACACUGAGGACGUAAAAUGGCUACUGGGACUGGCUGCCAGGCUAGGAGUCAACUAUGUGUACCAGUUCUGUGUCGGAGCAGCAAAAGGUGUUCUCAGUCCGUUCGUCCUGCAGGAGAUCAUCAUGGAGGCUCUUCAGAGACUGAACCCUGCCCACAUCCACGCCCACCUCCGAACACCUGCUUUCCACCAGCUUGUCCAACGCUGCCAACAAGCCUAUCUGCAGUACAUCCACCACCGGCUCAUCCACCUGACGCCUGCUGACUACGACGACUUCGUCAACAUUAUCCGCAGUGCUCGAGGUGCUUUCUGCUUGACGCCUGUGGGCAUGAUGCAGUUUAACGAUGUGCUGCAGAACCUGAAGAGAGGAAAGCAGACCAAGGAGCUGUGGCAGCGCAUCUCCUUGGAGAUGGCGACGUUCUCUCCCUGAUUAACAUGGUCUGGGUCUGGGCCUGCAGGAAUCCAUCCAGCGCCCACUCAGCCUCCAGCAUCGCUACUGCCACUGCACUGAGCCAGCCAGAUUCCUGCUGUCUGGUUCUGUCAGGGAUCCUGCUCCCUACUAUGUGGACUCAGCAAACACAGCACACAGGCAGUACAAUCAGCUCCCAUACCCCUCAACCCAUAAAGAGACUUCCUUUUUUAUGUGUUUGUCCACUCAGAGGAGAAGGCGGGUCACCUUCCUGCGCUCCUCUGUUCUUGACUGACUCCUCUCACUCCUGUUUUAUCAUGGUUCAUGUUUGUGUAACUGUAAUUAAAGUGUAUCCUUCCUUUGUUCAUCUAACUCGUCUCUUCCAUUUCCCCUAAACUGAAGACAGGGAUCUCUCUCCCUCCACCCUCACUUCAUUUCCAGUGUUUUGUAGUUUUGUUUAGUUGUUUUGAAUGAAACCACUGAGCGAGUCAUCUUCAUGCUGCAACAUUCCUGUCCAGAGUAGUAGGUGCUGUAAGGCCUCAGUCACCAAAAAAACUUCUCACUAUGGAUCUGAAUCUUAGCAGUGUGGGAGAAGAGGAAAAAAAUAAAAAAGUUUAAUAUGAGAAAUUACAGUAUAUUGUCAGUACGGGUGAGGAUUUUUCAGUAUUUUGUUUAAUCUUUUUUGAUACUUUGUAUAGAAUAUGACAUGUAUGCAGAGAAAAAUGGGAAGAGAAUGUGAGAAUGUUAAAGGUGCUGUUGUUGUUGUGUGGGAUCCAUAUUUACAUUUCAGCCCACCUGAGGAGUGACAUGAACACAGCCCCCAGAGCAAAAUCAGAGGGUCACCUAACCGCUGCUGGGCCAAGCAGGGCCAGCCAGGCUCCACUCUCCAGUCCUACACCUCCAGCAUUUCGAUCAGACUUUUGUCAUGAGUCAGUUGGGCUGGGUAUCAAUUUACAGAGCUGGUGAGGGAUCUGAGCAAAACCUUUUUUCCAAGUUUCUAAACUAUCUGAUGCUCAGCAGAAAUGUGUGAGAAAAAGUUUGUGCUCAUGUGUCCUAAGAGGCUCCAGAGAUUUUUAAUAUCAAUUACAACACUUUCUUAGCUGAGUAUAAUUGUUUUUCUACAAAAAAUGUAAUUUAACACCAUACUGCAUCUAUCUGUACUGCUGUCUUUACGCAGCAUUGAUACAGAAGCUUUAGCAAAUGAAAUGCAGAAAAAAAGAUUGACAGGUGGUCAAAGACUGAAUAAACUGAGCAAGAACCCAGAUUUUGAUAUGCAGUUUAAUACAUACACAUCAGUAUGUACUCAUAAUAUUUUGACAUAACAUACCCAGCCCUACUAUUCAACUAGACUGAUUCUAACAUAGGCACUGACAUAGGCUGUAGUGGCCCAAUUUGGAACCGUCUCACUCCACAUUGUCCCCAUAGAAACACAGAGAAGCAGCUGUGUGAUUCUCUUCAUCAGACAUGCUCAAGUUAACAAGGUGCUCAACUAAACAUGUUUUUCCUCUCGUAAACCGACAUGUAUAUUUUUUUCUUAUGUGGCUUGUUCAAGUACAUUUUGGAGUGUGAUGUCUUCGUCACCUCAUUCUGACAAAAAAUGGAACAACAAGCUCCUACUUUUGCUUGUUUUGUUUGUCCUUUGUCAGUCACAGAGGGCAGUAAUGGAACCUGUACAGCAACCCUCGAAAAACAAACUCAAUAGUGAGAUUUAUAUCUGAAGUGUUUUUAAACAGUGUGUUUGGGUUUAUUUACAAGAGGAAAACUUGUUAAAGUUGAGGUCUAAGUAGAUUGUUUGGCAGAUGUACAUGAACUAUUCCAUGUUAAGAUAAAGUGCACCACACAGUUGUUUCCUUAAAGUUUUAAUGGCAAACAACCAGGACUUCCUCCAAAGCAGUGGAUUAGGUCCUUUUUGGGCCAUCCUCUUCAAAGUUCACACUUACAAACUGAAUAUUUACCCGUAGAUUCAGAGCAGCUGAGGAAUGCACCUGCCUGAAUUUGGAGGCUUUGCAGUAUCAUAAGCCCUGCUGUGCACCACUACAAUGAAUCCUCUGUAGACUGUCUCACACAGGCACAGUACAGGUACACCUCACUAGCCUUAAUGGCUCCAAAAGCCACAGACUCAUAGACCACAACUUUCUAACAGAGUGACCCCUGAAAAGGGACACAGCUGUGGUUUGGAUCUGGAAAGCCCUGCUUCGCUGAGCUGUGUAUGUGUGCGAGUGUGUGUGUGUGUGAGAGAGAGAGAGAGAGUGUGUGUGAAUCUUGUGCACAUCAGUCCAAAAGCUCACCCAGACCUGUCAGAACUCUGACUGUGUGUGUUUGAGUGGCCCCUCCCCUCUAUGUGGUUAGCUCAUAGACCAUGGUGCUGUAUAACCUUAAAACAUGUUGAUGGUCCAUCUCUGUCCAGGCAGCUGCUGUGGUUCUGAACCCGCCUCUCUGAUUGGCUCUGGACCUCACAGGUGAAGGUGACUUAGUAGAAAAUGUACUGUGAUAUUUUUGUAUUCCUCAAAAAGUGUAGCUUGAUUGAAAAGUUCUAUAUGUGCUGAUUGCAAAAGGUUCUAAUUUAGAGUGAAAAGAAUAAAAAAAGAUAAAAGCAA